CUCCACAAGCAAGCAACCUUACAAUGUACCCCAAUUGCUUUUCAAUCUAAUUUUUUAAAGGAUUUAUCAAAUGCUACACUUAUGUAAUCAAAACACAUCGCUCAUUUGGGAUUUUAACUACCAAGCCGCAAUCUCGGAGUAGAUUUAUAACGCUUUAUUGUGACUAUAUUUUAGAAAAUAGCGGUGGAGGAAGAGAUUCCAUAUAAGGAGCACAGCAGAAAAGGCACCCGUUGUGUGAUCUGGACAGUUUAAACUGAAGAGGGAUUACUGUCAGAUAUCUGAAUGACACUCGGGCACAUGGUGCUGAGACUGGUGGACUGUACCAUUUCAAAACAUAUUUGUUGUGAAAACAGACUUACUACUGUGGCCUAUGUCCUGUUUGCUGACCUCAUGGUGUAACCAGGUGUAAAGAUGAGCAUAAGCAGUGAUGAGGUCAACUUUCUUGUGUACAGAUACCUACAGGAGUCAGGAUUUUCCCACUCAGCCUUCACGUUUGGCAUAGAGAGCCACAUCAGCCAGUCCAACAUCAAUGGAGCCCUGGUGCCCCCUGCUGCCCUCAUCUCCAUCAUACAGAAGGGCCUGCAGUACGUGGAGGCCGAAGUCAGCAUUAAUGAGGACGGCACGCUGUUCGACGGACGGCCGAUCGAGUCCCUGUCGCUCAUCGACGCGGUAAUGCCGGAUGUGGUGCAGACACGGCAGCAGGCCUACCGAGACAAGCUGGCCCAGCAGCAGGCGGCCCAAGCCCCCCCGGCCACCACCACCAACUUGACGGCCAAUGCCAAGAACGGAGAGAACACGGCCAACGGCGAGGAGAACGGAGCUCACACCUUAGCUAACAACCAUGUCGACAUGAUGGAGGUGGAUGGGGAUGUGGAGAUUCCCCAGAACAAAGCCAUGGUGCUCCGAGGUCACGAGUCAGAGGUGUUCAUCUGCGCCUGGAACCCUGUCUCCGACCUGCUUGCCUCCGGGUCUGGGGACUCGACGGCACGGAUCUGGAACCUGAGUGAGAACAGCACCAGCAGCUCCACACAGCUUGUACUGAGGCACUGCAUACGCGAGGGAGGUCAGGAUGUCCCCAGCAACAAAGACGUCACAUCAUUAGACUGGAACAGUGAGGGUACGUUACUAGCAACCGGCUCAUAUGAUGGAUUUGCCAGGAUAUGGACAAAGGAUGGUAAUCUUGCAAGUACCCUGGGUCAACACAAAGGUCCCAUUUUUGCAUUAAAAUGGAACAAGAAAGGAAACUUUAUUCUUAGUGCCGGAGUAGAUAAGACUACAAUCAUAUGGGAUGCUCACACAGGAGAAGCAAAGCAGCAGUUCCCGUUCCAUUCAGCACCUGCUCUGGAUGUGGACUGGCAGAGCAACAACACGUUUGCCUCCUGCAGUACAGACAUGUGCAUCCACGUGUGUAAGCUUGGCCAAGACAGGCCUAUCAAGACAUUCCAAGGACACACAAAUGAAGUGAAUGCAAUCAAAUGGGAUCCAACCGGUAACCUGCUAGCCUCUUGCUCAGAUGACAUGACGCUGAAGAUCUGGAGUAUGAAACAGGACACGUGCGUUCAUGAUCUGCAAGCUCACAGCAAAGAGAUCUACACUAUCAAAUGGAGCCCCACCGGUCCUGGAACCAACAACCCCAAUGCCAAUCUGAUGCUUGCCAGCGCGUCCUUUGAUUCGACGGUGCGGCUGUGGGAUGUGGACCGAGGCAUCUGCAUCCACACGUUAACCAAACACCAGGAGCCUGUCUACAGUGUGGCCUUCAGCCCAGACGGCAGGCAUCUGGCCAGCGGCUCCUUCGACAAGUGUGUUCACAUCUGGAACACGCAGACUGGCGCUUUAGUCCAUAGUUACAGGGGGACAGGGGGGAUCUUUGAAGUUUGCUGGAAUGCAGCAGGUGACAAAGUGGGAGCAAGUGCAUCAGAUGGAUCUGUUUGUGUAUUAGAUCUGCGGAAAUAACACUGCUUGUUGGAAGCCAUGGACCGACAAUGAAUGUGUACAUAGCCAAAAUGACUGUCCCUGCCCCAUGCACUGCUAGUCCCGCUUAAACCAUGGCUGGCCACUACAGACCAGAAACAAGCACCCCGACACAGCAGAUUCAGGAGCAAGGACACGCUCUGUGCAGCAAGUCGUUUGAACCAGAGACAUUAAAGGGACACAGACAAAAAAAUGUAAAUUAAGAAAAGAAAAAAGCAGAUCUGUAUAUGUACCAACAUUUGGAAGCUAUUUUGCUUUUUGAUCUUUAAACCAUGCUCAUCAAGACAAAAAAAUAUGUUUUAACUUUAUUGGUAGUUCAGUCUCUGUGUGCUGACAUAUCGGCUUUCCAAUCCUGCGGCCGGCAGUUAGGUUUUUAACAAAAUCAUUUAUAUUAUUUCAAUGUUUAAGUUUAUAUUUUUUGGGGUCACAAGUGGAGGAGUCAUCUUUUUAUACACACUCACAAAACUGUUAUUUGAAAAAAAUCAUAUUUGGUAGUGUACGCUUUGUGGUUCAAAACAAUAUCGGGACUUGAAGAAAAAUGUCAUUUUUUUCAAUUGUAGUUUUUACUGUUGACAUCUAAAUGCAGUAGUUUUUUUAUUUAUUUUUUCUAAAGAAUACAUUGUUUCUCCUGACCAUAAUAUGAGUACAAAUUAACAUGGGCGCACAUGAAAGAAGAGGCAUUAUACAUCUAGAUGCUUUAAAACCAUGUUUAUGGUUGGUUUGUGCACCAUUGAUUUCGCUAGAGAAACAUUCCAUGAUUCCCUCCUGGACAAAGCUGUACUGCUGUAGCUAUCAUGUGGAAACACAUCAGGUAUUGGAUCGGUUAAAGCGGAGAAGCAGACAAAUCAGUACCUAAUGACUCCCCCCCCCCCCCCUCCUCUAGUGUGAAGGAUUGGAACUGUGAUGUACACUGGACCUUUCACAACAGUGUUACCACUGGGGAAACACGGAGGCCCCUUUUACAACAUAUAGCAAAAAGGGAAGACUUGCUUUAAGUUUUGUAUUCUUCUAAUGACUACUUAGCUGAUAAUGUGUUUCUCUCACUGAUUAUUUUCAAGUACAUUUCAUAUUGCUGAUUUAUCAUAUUUGUGUCACAACAAAACUUCCAUUAGGGUUUUACUCAAAAUGGUUUACAUUUUUAUAAGGCAAAGUUUUUUUUUAUUCCUCUAGAUUAUUUCCCAAACUAGAUAUUGACAGUGGUUAUUUGGAUCACAAAUAAGCAAUGCUGUUUUCAGUGGAAAAAUGUAAUCUUAAAGCAAGUCUGGGUGUUGGGCCAGGAAUCAGAAAUCACGUGGAGUAACAUAAUACAUUAUUUUUGUGCUGCAUUUUUUUUAAGUAGUUAAAAAGUGAACUGAAUUUGAAGCAGUCAUGCAACACUGUGUGGUAUAAUUGUACAUUCGUGUAAAUGUAUCUUUUCAAAUCAUUGUGAGCAGAGAAGUCCCCUACUGGUCAGUAAGCAAUCGACAGUUACAGUGGCUUGCGAAAGUAAUCACACCCCUUGGCAUUUUUCCUAUUUUGUUGCCUUACAACCUGGAAUUAAAAUAUAUCUUUUGGGGGGGUUUGUAUAAUUUGAUUUACACAACAUGCCUACCACUUUGAAGAUGCAAAAUAUUUUUUAUUGUGAAACAAACAAGAAGACAAAAAAACUAAACUUGAGCGUUCAUAACUAUUAACCCCCCCCCCCC